AGGCCGCUAAUAAAGAAGAAACUAUUCGUCAAUUCAACAGGGUGACAAAAAAAAAGAAAAAAGGAGUGAUGGCGAAAGAAGUAGUUUUGGCUUCCAUUAGGAGUGGUCCAGAAAAUGUCGAGGUAAUGAAGGAGCCAUAUGAAAAGGCCUUGAAAAAUGAGUGGGAAAGCAUUAAAACAGUGUAUCAAAACAAACGCGGUGCUUUAUUCCAUAGCCUCACUCCUAGGGGAGAUACUGUUUUCCACAUUGCAGCAUACAAGGGGAGCAUAGAACUGCUCCGAGUCCUCUUUGAAAUGGUUCCGGAGCCUAGAAAAUGGGAGGUGUUGACGAUGAAGAACAUUCAUGGCAACACGCUUCUCCAUGAGGCGGCCACGAGCAAGAAUGUUGAGGCAGCAAAAUUUUUGCUUGAGAAUGCGGAUGGAGAACAAGCGGCGAUGCUGAUGAACCAAAAUGAGUCAGGGGAGACACCGCUGUACAGGGCUGCGGCGCUUGGUGCUAAAGCAACUGUGGAGUACUUGGCAAAUGCGGUGGAAAUGGAAGUGGGAACUCUGCAAGGCAACUUCAUCAGAGGCUAUGAUAAUCUCCCCGUUCUUCAUAUUGCUGUUUCAAAUGAACAAUUCGAGACAGCAAUUUGGUUACUAGACAAAGAUCCAGAGUUGGCAAUGUUGAAAGAUUCUGACAAGACAUGUCUUCACCUUCUCGGAAGCAUGUCGACUGCUUUCAAAAGUUCUUCUAAAAAAAUAUCUGGAUUCAAGGAGUUCAUCUAUAGAUUUAUUCCAAACGACUUACUCUAUAGCGAUGAAACUGAUCAGCAUGUACCAUGUCAGUGCUGCAAGACUAGAAAAGACCAUCAACCAAUGACAGAAUGGAAUUAUAUUAAAGAAAUAAGGGAAAAGAAGAGGAAGUAUGAGUUAGUAGGUAUAUUGGCCGAUGCGCUAGUAAAGAAGGAUUCUUCCUCGUGGCGUAAUUACUACAAAUCAGAAGUGUACAACACCAAUAUUUGCUUUUUAAGAGACAAAGAGACAGUUGGCGGAGAAGAGAGUGGUGAGGCGUCGUCCCAAACCGGAGGUAUUGGCACCGCCGUUGUGUCACCGUCGGAUGCUCCGUUAAUUAUCGCCGCCAGCACAGGGAUUCUGGAGAUCGUGGAGAUGAUUCACAAAGAGUAUCCUCAAGCGUUGGAGCAUGUGACUCAGAAUGGACAGAAUAUUCUACAUGUGGCCAUUCUAUACCGUCAAUACCAUAUCUAUGAAUAUCUCAAGGACAAGGAGAAGGGUGGAGCGAUGAACUUGAGGCUGGCUUUAGGGAUGGACAAUGACGGUGAAACCAUUCUGCACAAGGCCGCUCGUACCGAAUACUACCAUGAAGGAAACAAAUGGACGGUAGCUCUGAACCUGCAAGAGGAGAUAACAUGGUUCAAAGAUGUGGCAAAAAUGCUUCCUGCUUCUUACACAAUCCACCGCAACAAGAAAAAUAAGACGGCGAGGCAGCUGUUCAAAGACCAGCACAAAGAACAACUCAAAGACGCACAAGAAUGGGUCAAGAACACCUGUCAGUCAUGCUCCGCCGUGGCAGUCCUAGUCGCCACAGUUGUCUACACUGCCGCUUUCACCGCGCCAGGUGGUUUCAAUGAAUACGGACGCCCAAUCUUUGAGGAGCGACCUCUAUACUCUUUUUUCACUGUGGUGGAUGUGGCCGGACUGGCGAGCUCAUUAACGUCGGUGGUGCUCUUCCUUUCAGUGCUCACAUCGUCACUUGAUCUGAAAGAUUUUAAAAAUGACAUACCUCGGAAACUGUCGUUUGGCUUCCUCUUUCUGACCUUUGCCAUUGCAACCACCGUUCUUUCGUUCACAGCUGCCAUUAUCCUCACUGUUCAUUUGAAGAAGGCAUGGACUACGUCUCUGACCUACGCUGCUGCAUUCCUUCCGGUCGCCGUCUAUGCGAUUGUGCAGUGCGGUUUGUAUAUUAAAUACUUCAAGAUUGCCUUAAUUAGCAUUUUUGACUUUGUGAAGAAGUUUCUUCCAGGGAUAUAAUGUAUGUAAUUAUAUUGUUUGUGUAUUUUUUCUUUUUUUUAAAGUGCUAUGUAAUGUUGAGAUUGUUGAAGAAGUUUCAUAGUGUUAGAAAACUGAAGAAAAGAGAAAAUACAAAGAAAUUAAUUGUUUUUGA